AUGGCCAUGUUGGAGAAGCACGCGCACAGCCGAAACACUGCCAGGAACAGAGGUGAUGAGCACAGGCGCUUCUUGGGGCAGAACUUCAACCCCAAGGUACCAGGGGAGGGGGUGGACUUUCGGUUGGCCACAGAGGAGGAGACAACUCAGAGGUGGUGUGUGGACGAGAGUCAGCUGGACGAGGAUGAGUCUGAGAGCGCAGAACAGGACACUGGGCUGAUCCAUAUACAGGUUACUCCCCAGAUGCUGGCGCAGCUGAUGUCGGGCAGGACAGGUCAGCAGGAGUGUGGUCCCGUUGUAAGGAGCUUGGCGCCAGUACCAGCCUACGACCCAGCUAUGCCUGGAUAUACCUCAGCAGGGCAGUCUAUUCCGGUUUACACAGCAGUCACCACAGCAACAUACGGUAGUGCGAUAGGUGUAAGUGCACAGAGUACCGCUUACAUUUCAUUGGACAUUGGAACCAGUUCGGUAGGACAGACCAGUGCUGCCAGCACAUCAGCUUCACCCAUAGUAAGUGCGCCUACGUCAGUUUACUCGGCGCCGGUGUCAUCAUGUCCAGUGUCAGUUCCUGUCUACGUCCCGUCUUUUGGAGAUACGUUCAUCUCGUCUGGGUUGGACUCUGUUGCUAAACUCUCCAGUGCGUGAUAGUUCCGGGGUUCCUACUUCAGAGCUGUUGAACACACCGCAGGUCAGAAGGACACCACUUAAUUAUUUGGGUACACCUGAGCAGGAGGUGGAGGACAUUAAAGGCCAACUCUUAGGUCAGGGUGAAGAUCAGUCUUUUUCGCCUGCUCCGUUUAUGACCGUCGCUAUGGGUACUCAAACAAAGGUUACGCAUCAUAAGACCGACCUUACUCCCACAGCUUCAUCCAUGGCAGUGACUCGCCUAGACGAGACCUUAACGGUGGCGUUGGAAAAGAUUGCUCAGUCUCUCGACCGCAACAGCAGGCGUAUUGAGGAUCUUACCAAGACGAUGGCUGUUGCUGCAGACUCUCUCAAACGAAUGGAGAGGUCUCUUGAUAACGUGGCCCUUAGGCGUGGGGCGCAGGACCGUAAGAGUUACGUAACAGUCGAGUGAGAAGAGGCCGAGGUUUGAUGGAAAGGAAAAUCAACGUCCAAAACUUUCAUCAGUGGUAAAGAAUCCUAAUCAUACCAAAAGAUCUGGAAAGUAACUGUAACUGUAACUAUAACAUAACUAUAAAGUGUAUUUAUUGA